ACUGUCUUCAGGAGAACUGCCACAGUUUUAGCUGUAGCAGCGGAGUUAACGCUAGCCGCUAAAAGGAGCAGAAGAAGGGGAUCUGUGGACGGACCUCCCCUUGUGUUUGUUUUAAGAAGAUUUGAAGAUGGCGACCAGCUCGGAGCGUAGUCCUCCUCCGUUUCCCGACUCCGAGGACCAAGAUGUGCUGGACACCGAAGAAGUUGGAGGCCGAGACAGUCACAGUGAUGAAGACGACGGGGACGAUCUCUUCAUGAGCACAAGCAACCCUCCACUGACUGGAAUGGACAGCAUACUGUCUCCUACCAUUGAACCCAGUAAUGUUUUAAUGAAACCUCCCGUUGACCUCAUGGAUGACCCCUUAUUCGAGCCCGUCAGCAUCCAAACAGCAAACACACCAUCCAGCAAAGUCAUGAGCGAACCCUCAGAUGAUUUUGUCGACCUAACUAACAACAUCACCGACUCUCCGGAUGAAGAAGACACAGCUGAGAGUCCAGUUGCAGAUGCAGAAGAGGAAAAAACUGAAAUCCCUUUAGACGAGCCCGCAGAGGAAUUUGAAGACAUAUUUGGAAGUGAAACCGAAGCCCCGCAAGAGGAAGUAGUAGAAGCAGAUGUUACUGUUGAAGAAACGCCAACGGAUAAGGUUGAAGAGGCCAGUAGUGUUCCAGUUCCACCUGUUGACGGGAAAACAGGAAGUGAUGAGGAAGAGGAAGCAAUAGAAACUUCCACUGAUCCUAUUAUCGACCUCGGUGCUGAUUUGCCAGCCGUUGAAACAGAACAGCCGCCACCUGCCAGCCAAGCAUUUGUUGACCCUUUGGAAGACCUUCUCGGUGAUGUUUCGCCCGCCGCAGAAACACAACAGCCACCGCCUGCCAGCGUCACAUUUGCUGACCCUUUGGUUGAUGUCAUCAUUGAUGAUUCCCCAGCUGCUGAAACACAAGAACCACCGCGUGCCAGCGAAGCGUUCUUUGACCCUUUGGAAGACCUUUUCGGCGCUGUUUCGCCAGCCACUGAAACACAACAGCCGCCGCCUGCCAGCAACACAUUCGUUGACCCUUUGGAUGACCUCCUCAGUGACGAUUCGCCAACCAGUGAAACACAACAGCCACCGCCUGCCAGCAAAACGUUCAGUGACCCCUUGGUUGACCUCCUUAGUGCUGCUGCAUCUGCUGCCGAAGCCAAAAUAGCCACACCGGCAACAGUCGAUCUUUUCGAAGACGAGGGGAGCGACUUUUUCACAGAAGCACGGCAGACCAAACCUGCCAAGCAGCAGAAGAGCCUCUUCGGAGAAGCGGACGAGGAUCUGUUCGGUGAGCCGCUGGGUGCCACCUCAAAGAAAGCUGUGAGCACGGAGCCGAAGGACAAACCCGUCAAAACCAAAGCUGCUUCCACUGAUGUUAGCAACAUGGGGGGGCCUCUGCAGGACAGUACUCCUGCAGAACCUGCUGAUCUCUUCAGUGAGGAAGCCAUCACCACCGUGCCCAUUGUCAAAAACACCAGCGCCGCCAGCUCCAAGACCAAUGGAGUCCACUCUGAAGAGGAGAUGGAUAUAUUUGCAGAAGCCACAGUGGAGCUUUCCCUCGACAGUCCGCGGGAAGAGAGAAAGAAAGAUGUGACAGUCGCACCGUCUACGUCCGCCGCCCCCCCCCUGUCAGCUGCUGCCAGCCUGGUGAAGCCACAAGCUGCUGCCCUGGAGGAGUUGGAAGAAGAGGAAGAAGAAGAACAGGAAGACAAAUUUGAGAUCUUGGUGUCUGUUAAAGAUCCUGAAAAAGUUGGUGAUGGAAUGAACGCUUACAUGGGCUACAAAGUAACCACACAGACCCAAAUGCCGAUGUUCCGCAACAAGACGUUCACCGUGAGGCGACGCUUCAGCGACUUCCUCGGCCUCUACGAGAAGCUUUCUGAAAAACAUGGACCAAAUGGAUUCAUCGUGCCUCCGCCUCCAGAGAAGAGCAUCCUGGGAAUGACAAAGGUGAAGGUGGGAAAGGAUGAUUCUUCCGCAGCAGACUUUGUGGAGAGAAGAAGAGCUGCUCUGGAGAGGUACCUCCAGAGGGUGGUAAAUCACCCGUCACUCCUCCAGGAUCCUGAUGUCAGAGAGUUUCUGGAGAGAGAUGAGUUGCCCAGAGCAACGAGCACCCAGGCUCUGAGUGGCGCCGGCUUCCUGAAAAUGAUCAACAAAGCAACAGAUGCUGUCAGUAAAAUGACCAUCAAGAUGAAUGAGUCAGACGUGUGGUUCGAGGAGAAGCUGCAGGAGGUGGAGUCUUCAGAUCAGCACUUCAGGAAGCUCCACGCGCUGGUGGAGUCUCUGGUGGUCCACAGGAAAGAGCUGUCGUUGAACACGGCCGGCUUCGCUAAGAGCACGGCGAUGCUGGGCAGCGCGGAGGACAACACGGCUCUGUCCCGCGCCCUCUCUCAGCUGGCCGAGGUGGAGGACAAGAUGGAGCAGCUGCACCAGGACCAGGCCGCCAACGACACCUUCAGCUUCGCAGAGCUCAUCGCAGACUACAUCCGCCUGCUGGGAGCCGUCAGGGGGUCGUUUGAUCACCGGAUGAAGGCGUGGCAGCGCUGGCAGGACGCUCAGACCGCUCUGCAGAAGAAGAGAGAGACAGAGGCUAAGCUGCUGUGGGCGAACAAGCCCGACAAGCUGCAGCUGGCCAAAGAGGAGAUCGCUGAGUGGGAGGCCAAGGUGACGCAGUACGAGAGGGACUUUGAAAGAGUUUCUGCUACCGUGCGCAAGGAAGUGGUGCGCUUUGAGAAGGAGAAGGCCAAGAACUGUAAAAGAGAGAUCAUUAAUUACCUGGAGUGUCUGUUGCAGUCUCAGCAACAGCUCAUAAAGUACUGGGAGGCUUUCUUACCAGAAGCCAAAGCUAUCGCCUAGCGCUGGAGCUCCUUCUCUCCAGGCGGCCUUCUUCUUAUACACUUUACCUCUUGCCUUUAAACCAAGGAAAAUGCUCGCAUUGUAAAGGGAGAUACAAUCAACCAGUUUUUUUUAAUCACCUUUAACAUAUAGCUCUGUACUCUAUUGUAUUAAUAAUUGUAUAUUUUCAUUUAACCUUCCACAAAUAUUUUCUUAUUAGAUGAAAAAAGAGUUUGCAUACAGUAUACAAAGAUUAAGGACACACGAGAAAGAGAAAGCAGGUGACUGAUUCCAUUAGUUUUCCACAAGAGAAGGGAAAUGAGUCCGUUGUUCUCAGGAUUUCUCCUCCAUCAGCAGUGGGUCUUGUUUACAGCGCGGCUGCUCUCUCAGCACACUCUCUGGGGACCCAGGUGAAGAAAGUGGCCAAGAGUCUCACUCUGUUUCUGCUUUUAAACGACUCAAAGGGAUACAAAAAAAAACAGCUAAAAAAAAUUAUGAAUUCUGAGCACUUCCACCAGGUGGAUAAAGUCAUUAAAUACCAGCCAUGUUGUUGUUAUUGUUUGUUUUUCUUUAAGAUUUAAACUACUAUGGGUGCAGGGUGUCGAGGCAUUAGAUUAUUACCGCUGCGGUCGGGGGGGCAUCGUAGGUCAAAGCUUGUGAGUUCACUUUUUGUAGAUCUUGUUUCAAUCAAACUUUACUCUUAUAACCACACAUGUCUGUGCCUUUUGAAGUCAGAGGGGUGUUUAGGGGUUUUACAAAAAAUGGGAGAAACGUGUUCUCAGUUGUAGAGAACAGCCACAAAGUGUCAAACCAAACUGGCGUUUCAUGUUAAAGCCCAUUUACUACAAAUUAAGUGUUUUUCCCACUAUAUUCUAGUUUAUAACGCUACAUUGUUUUCUUUGUGAAUGUGUUACUUUCCAGACAGCCUUCUGUAUGAAAACGAACUUGCACAGACUUGAAACGGGUAAUCCUCACAGUGAGAUUUAUGAAUGUUUCAUCAUUUUCCCGUGGUAAUGCAGAACUGUACGUGCCAGUUUAAGGCUUCACUGAUGACUAGUCAUACAGUAAAUGCUGCGUUUCCACUGUAAGGAUCAGCCUGAAGAGCUUCAAGUCUCUGCAAGUGGAUUCUCCUGCGUUAGUGACGUAAACCAAAGGCUGCCUGGAUGUGAGGGUUCUGAGUCUUUCUUUGAGACGUGGUUGUCAGUAAUACGAGGGCUGCAACUAACACUUAUUUUCAUUUUGUUUUUGUCUGAAAAUUAAAUGCUUAGUCUAUAAAAUGACUCAAAAUAAUGUAAAAUGGUUCCCAGAGCCUAAGGUGUCAUCAUACAAUGGUUUAAUCUAUACAGUUUUGUUUUAAAGGUACCCUGUGGAGUUUUGACCAGUAACAGCAUUAUGAAGACAUUUUUGUACGUUUGUUCUCCACAUGUUUUUGCUGGUUUUCUGCUGGUCGACAGCUUGUGGCAGCAAUUAGCCAACAACGUCAAGGGCCGUUCCUCAAUGUCGAGUAUACCUGCUGCAGAGCCACUAUUUCAAGUAUACUACGUCAUCGAGUGGCGCCGAAUGCUGGGCAUUUAACAUGCAUUUAAACAGUCCUUCGGCGCCACUCGAUGACGUAGUAUACUUGAAAUAGUGGCUCUGCAGCAGGUAUACUCGACAUUGAGAAACGGCCACGGAGUAGGACCGCUAGCUAGUAAAUGGAUGGCUACAAAUAAAACAAACAAUUGUAUAUUUCAUAUUGUUUCACACAAAAGAUGGCUCUGCAAGUGAAUUCAACUCAUCUGUGAGAGCGCUAAGAAGCACUUUGGUGAGAAACAGUGAAUGUAAACAAAAAUCCACAGGGUACCUUUUUGAUUUACUCUAAACAGAGAAAGAGAAAGUGGAACCAGCGACAGGAGGGCAUUUGUGCUUGAUGCACUAUUACUAAUUAACAUCUUUGUUGGUGAAUACUUCUGUUGAUUGUCUGAUUGAUUCAGCUCUAAAUAAAACUGUGUGUGAUUUCUAGUAAAUGGGCAAAAAAAAAAAAGGACUUGAUGCUGACUUGUAGACAUGAGAUUAAUGUCAAAUACUAAACGUACUGAUGUCAUAAUGAACCUAAUUCAUCCCGUCAUCCUGCAAAGGGCAUCAAACCGGUGGCAUCCUUUGAUUACAGCUUUAAUUUCACAUUUGCUCACACUUUAAUUGAAGCUGUGUCAUUUGUCGUCAUCUCUCAACUUGCUGACAUUUCUUUGCACAGUUUUCCGUUUGUUUUUCUCACAGUAAGAUGCACGCUUGUUUUAAACUGUUGUUAGACAGCACUUAAAUCUGGUUGUUGGUGCGACUUCAUACUGUACGUCAUCAUGUGUCAUAGAAAUUACUUUUGAAACAAAUCAAUAAAAGUUGCACUGUUUACACUUGGAAAUUUCA